AUGAAAAAACGGCCGAUCACGUCACGUGAGUUAGUCCAAGCGGAUCUCGCCAUUAGCCGCUACGAGGUCAAACCACAUCAUACCCGAAAAUGUGUUGAAGUCUAUAUCGAACGAUCUACAAAAAGGGCAAAGCCGCUACAAGCGCCGAACGCAUUGAUCGAGAAGUGCUCCUCCCCUCCGAACCUUAACAAAGAACCGAGCCACAAGAGCCGAACCCCGACCAACCGACCGAUGUCCCCGAAGGCCAACCCAACUUCGAUGAGAUACACCAACCGAUGGAGCAACCCGACACUUCCUCUACUCCUCAAUGCCCCCAACUUCCGACCGAGCCCUCCGCGACCACCGCCUACGAGGCAAACCCGUGGACCGGGAUAG